CUACCUAUUCUUCUUUGCCUUGCCCAUUUGCCCAUCUGCCCUCUCGCCACUCCCAUCCUCUCUCCUCCUACGCGCUCUGUGCUGGCCGCUUUUUCCCUCCACCCUACGCACCGAGGCUGCUAGGGACACUAUACCGGGAUAUUACGACGACCCCUCCCUUCGUCAGUCGCCAUGGCUGGCCCCGCCUCUCCCAACGAGGGCCCUACGUUCGAACCACCACAACUUCCUCCCGGCUGGAUCGCGCAGUGGGAUGGUGGGAGUAGGAAGUAUUACUAUGUCCAACUAUCCACCGGCGUCUCUCAAUGGGAGACCCCAACUCAAGCUGCGCCGGGGAACACGCCCGCCCAGGCGGCCGAGCACCCGUACGGGAUUCCCGGCCAGCAACAGCUCAUCACGCAUCCCGAUGGCACGCAGACUGUCAAGUACGCCGAUGGCCGCAUGGAACCGGUUCUUACCGGGAAUAGCAGAGGAAUAGAUGGACAGUCCGGUGAAAGAGGACUCGGCAGCUUUGCUACAAACGCAUUACUGAACCAAUUCACCAGCGGACACGGGAAACCACAUGGUAGCAGCGGUGGCAGCGGUAGCAGCUCGGGUGGCCUAGGAGGUCUUGCCGGCCAACUAAUUGGCGGUCUUGGAGGAGGAAGUCAUGGCGGGAGCCACAGCAGCAGUGGCGGUGGUCAUGGAAGUUCGUCUAGUGGAGGUAUACCCGGUCAGCUUGUUGGUCAGCUUGCCUCAAAUCUGUUCUCGUCCGGCGGUCAGAAACCUUCGCAGUCGCAGAAUUACCACAGCGGCCAAUCUCAUCAACCCGCGCAUUCUGGGGGCCUUGCCGGUUCCGUAAUGGGAGGUGUCGCAAGUUUGUUCGGUGGACAUAGCCAGGGUGGUCAAAAUUUUGGCUACUCAAAUUCCGGCCAAACGAGCGGGUAUACUGGUCAAGCUCCUCCAGCCUCCUACCAACCCCAAAGUGCGUCAACAUCAUCCUAUAGCUCGCCUCCGCGUCAACAGCACGGCUCUUCGCCUUCAUACAACUCAUCGGGCGGACAACAUGGGACGCCGCAGUUCCCUCCGCCUCCCGGUCAGCAUGGCACAACCUCGUAUCCUCAGGCUCCCGGCCGAUCAGCGAGUCAUCAGAAUCCCAGCUAUCAUAGCCCCCCUCCCGGCCAGCAGCACCCGAGCCCCCCCUAUGGUAGCGGCCCAACUUCGUCUAACUAUGGGCACAGUCCCGCCCCCCAAGCACAUGGAUAUUCGCAAACGCAAUAUACGCCGCCACAGAGCCAGCCAUCGUACUCGAGCCACCAACAAUACCCGCCUCCGCCUUCUACUUUUAGCAACCCGUCAUAUAACGCUCCGCCGCCGUCGUCGGGUGCCCAUGGCUAUUCGGCCCAACCUUCUUAUGCCAAUUCUGGGCCGCCCGUUCCGCUAGGGACGCACCCCAAUGGCCAAAGCGGCCAGUCUGGGGGUUAUCCCAGUAACUGGUAGUAGUAGGGUAGAUUUGUCACAGCUGUCGUACGGAUUGGCGAAGUUGCGGGGUAUAUAAUAGACCAUGGAGUUUGUUUACCCGUUUUACAGCAUUUGGUCCGAGGCCACUCCGCUGAAACGGUGUUUACUUGGGCACUGGCUUGCCAGGGUCUUUUAUUGAGCAUGAAUCCAUCUAGUGACGACUCGCAGACGACAUUAGGGAAGGCCACGUGCCCGCCGAAGGCCGCCUCGGUGUUUGGGACGCAGAUAACGAGUUAUGAUAGCUAGGAAUAGGGGCGGAGGUCCCAAUUUAGACGUAGGACGUAACAGCCCGAGCGUCCACACUACCUCAGUCGACCUUCUUGUGAGCCGGGUCUACCGCAACUCUACAAAUGAGGGU